AUAAAAAAAAAGUGUGUGUGUGUGUGUGUGUGUAGGGCAAAGAAGUAUGGAUGGCCAAACACAUAUGUAAUGACAAAAGCAAUGGGAGAGAUGAUAGUAGAGGAGGAGAAAGUCAAAGGAGACUUGGGUGUUGAUAUUGUGAUUGUUCGUCCUUCCAUUGUUACCAGCACCUUCAAGGACCCUUUCCCCGGUUGGGCCGAGGGUGUUAGAACCAUUGACAGUCUUGCUGUUGCUUAUGGUAAAGGAAAACUCACUUGCUUCCUUGGAGAUCUCAACGCCAUUGUUGAUGUCAUACCAGCAGAUAUGGUGGUCAAUGCAAUACUAGUGGCCACGGCAGCUCAUGCAACUCAUCGUGCUAAUGGUAAUGGCAUAUAUCAUGUUACUUCCUCUGUUAGAAACCCACUUCGAAACUGGAAUCUGCAAGACGUGGGGUACAGGUAUUUCACGGCCAAACCAUGGAUCAACAAGGAUGGUAAGGCAGUGAAGGUUGGCAAAUGCAAAAUUCUGAGCAGCAUGGACAGCUUCAACAGACACAUGUUCCUCCGCUACUUUCUUCUCUUAAAGGGACUGCAGCUGGCCAACACUGCCUUUUGCCACUUCUUCCAGGGAACCUAUCUUGAUCUCAACAGGAAGAUUCAGAUCGUCCUGCGCUUGGUUGACCUGUACAAGCCUUACUUGUUCUUCAAGGGAGUUUUUGAUGAUCUCAACACACACAACUUGAGACAAGCUGUCCUCAUAGACACUCAUCUCUUUUACUUCGAUCCCAAGCUCAUCAAUUGGGAUGAUUACUUCCUCAACACUCAUCUCCCUGGUGUCGUCAAAUAUAUCUUCAAUAAUAAGAAUUAUUAAU